GGUACCCCUAUCAAUUCCUCAGAAGCUGAUUUAUGUUUUGAUUUUUAAGUUUUAGGUGUUUUGUAGUUUCAUUAAUUUGAUUUAUAGAAUUUAUUUAGCCAUUUGUUAUUUUGAAAGUGAAGAUGACCUGGGGUUUCGUUACUUGUGGUCCAAAUGAGGCGCUUGUAGUAUCGGGGUGUUGCUACUCAAAACCUCUCCUUGUGCCUGGUGGCAGGGCCUUCGUCUGGCCUGCUGUGCAACGUGUCCAACGGAUAUCUCUCAAUACUAUGACACUGCAGGUUGAAUCUCCAACAGUUUAUACAAGUCAGGGUGUGCCCAUAUCUGUCACUGGCAUUGCACAGGUAAAGAUCCAAGGUCAAAAUGCUGAGAUGUUGCUCUCAGCUUGUGAGCAAUUCCUCGGCAAAUCUGAGCAGGAGAUCCAACAUAUAGCCCUUGUGACUCUCGAAGGUCACCAGCGUGCUAUCAUGGGAUCUAUGACUGUGGAGGAAAUAUAUAAAGAUCGGAAGAUUUUCUCAAAAAAGGUAUUUGAAGUGGCUUCGAGUGAUCUGAUAAAUAUGGGAAUCACCGUUGUUUCGUACACACUCAAGGACAUUAGAGAUGAAGAGGGCUAUUUGAGAGCUCUGGGUAUGGCUCGCACUGCGGAAGUGAAGAGAGACGCGCGUAUAGGCGAGGCAGAGGCUCAAGCUGAGGCAACGAUCAAGGAGGCCAUGGCAGAGGAACAACGGAUGGCGGCCAGAUUCAUCAACGACACGGAAAUCGCCAAGGCGCAAAGGGACUUCGAGUUGAAAAAGGCUGCGUACGACGUUGAAGUGCAGACUAAAAAGGCCGAGGCAGAGAUGGCGUACGAGUUGCAAGCAGCGAAGACCAAACAGCGCAUCAAGGAGGAGCAGAUGCAAAUCGCUGUAGUGGAGCGCUCUCAAGAGAUCAACGUGCAGAAGUGGGAGGUGCAGCGGCGAGAGAAGGAGCUAGAGGCAACCAUACGCAGGCCUGCGGAGGCAGAAAAGUUCAAGCUUGAGAAACUGGCUGAAGCGCACAGAUUGAAGACAGUACUCGAGGCAGAGGCCGAAGCUGAAGCCGUCAAGGUUCGCGGUGAGGCAGAGGCGUUCGCUAUCAAAGCGAAAGCGGCCGCGGAUGCAGAACAAAUGACCAAGAAAGCAGACGCCUGGAAGGAAUACGGUUCCGCUGCCAUGGUGGAUAUGAUGCUUGAGACAUUGCCUAAGGUUGCGGCAGAGGUGGCGGCGCCGUUGUCGCAAGCCCGCAAGGUGACCAUGGUCUCGUGCGGCGGCGGCGAAGUGGGCGCGGCCAAACUUACCGGAGAAGUUCUCAGCAUCGUUCAGUGCAUCCCCGACCUCGUCAAAGGCGUCACAGGCGUAGACAUCUCUAAGGUAAAGACGGUGGAUACGACUCUGGUCCCCACCCCGACUGCACGCGGCGACUCGGCGCGAAAGGUGCGAUAACUAUUGGAGUAUCUCAAAUAAAACAUCAAAGAUCAUCGAGGGUCUCCGCGCCGUGUAAAGCCACAGUCUACGUAGAGGUACAGAGUGUUUCCUGCCGGGUAUUUAUCACAAAUAUUGUCCAAUAACUUCUGCAAAAUUAUUACGAAUACAUUAUUUUUUCAAGUUUUUACUUAAAUGUAUUACUUAUACACAAAUCUUAGGUACCACGAUACGUGACGAAACGAUAAGCACACAUGCUAUAUUUCCAAAUAAGAACGAAACUUAUAGAUACUCAAGUUCGGUGCAAGGUUGGCUUUGCGACAAUCGGAGCGAUGAUCUGGUGGAUGCGACCAAUCGCCUAAAUACUCUCAAGAAUAUUACAAAUGACUGUUAUACUAAUAAAAUGAUACCUAUAUUUUUUUAUUUAGCUAAACUGUCGUUAACUUUAGGGUAAUUAAAAAUAUUUGGUGUUCAAAAAGUGCAGAAUAGAAAUUCUAAUAAAUAAUGUAAUUUAGCG